GGCAUGAAAAGAACUGUUCUCCUGUCAAGUGUACAAGAGCUCUCUCCUCUUUCCGGCGUUGGCCCAAUGCAGAUUAGAAAAGCUCCGAUUGCGAGCAAGAGUGUGGUGUAAAAGCGGCGCAUACAAAGGAAAGAUACCCACCAGGCAUACACUGUGUUGCGUCGAAGGAGCUCUGCUUGGACAUCCUGUUCCCGCAAUCAUGAGGGCUGCAACGACUGUAUUGCUGGUCUCCGGUGCAGCAGUUUCGGCCUUUGCUACAAGUCCAAAUGUCGUGUAUGACAUGUUUAAGAUCCUGGAGGCGUUUGAUCGCAUUGUAGGUGUGGCAACAUCAAAACCCGACUCGGAAGUGCUCUGUCUGGCCGCCAGAAGAGUGGCCCUAGACCGCGCCAAUCGCGGUGGUACCUACGAGUGGAGCUGGUACGAAAGAAGCGUUGAAUCACCCAGAAUUAAGGUGAACUUCACUUUCGGUGGCGUGGGUACAUUGGACAGUCUAACUAAUCCUGAUCCCCAAGUGGGUGACGCCAACGUGCGCCUUUUGUUCAGUGACUACAGCACGUGCGCUCUGACCAAGUUCAGCCGGCGCGGUGAAGUAUGCGUGCUGUGGAUUCCAGAACAAGUCAACGCGUCGAUCUCGACUGUUUGCGACGACCACUUUGAACGCCACUGCGGGAGUGAGCGGAAAGCUUUACUUCCAGAUGAUCGAUGCACGCAAGGAAUGAAUCGUCCUGUGGUUUAAAUCCAGAGUACACUUGGUACUUGCAGUCGACUGCCGCAGGCGAAGUUUCAGAGGCUGCGGAGCAAAUGAAGUGCUUUUAUUUGAGCCCCAUUUUGAACUACAUUGUGUGCUUAUUGUCCUUAGGGUACAUGCAUUAAAUGGGUUAAAGAGAAA